UCUCUCCUCCCUUCAGAGUCUUAGACGAGGAACCUAUCUGCAAGCUCUUUUAUAGCACUCGCUAAGCUUGUGGGUUUAAACUACACCAUUUACGUUAACCGACUGCUUUUGAACUAUGAUUUUGCUUGCAAAUUAAUUUGUGAAUGUGAUUUUGAGCGUCAAUGGUGUAAAUGAAACAAAAAAAAAUCCUCGAAAGAUGGCCACUAAUCAAGCAGGAUCAUUUUUGGGCCAUUUCCCUUAUCCAAGGACCUCAUCCAUAAGCAUUCCAGUGGACCACCCUGGAGUUGCCUUUGGAGAACCAUUUGCUGUGCCGGUAGCCUUUGACCCUUCUUACUUGGACCAGGCUUACAGCCAUGGAUUUUCUAGGAGAAUAUCCUACAUUCCUUUUCCUGGCCACUUAGGAGUUUAUGACUAUUCUUUUGAACCAGCUUUCAUUAGAAAAAGGAAUGAACGGGAGAGGCAAAGGGUCCGUUGUGUCAAUGAAGGUUACGCCCGACUCCGUGAGCAUCUUCCACAGGAGUUUGAGGACAAGCGCCUUAGUAAAGUGGAAACCCUAAGGGCAGCAAUUAACUAUAUCAAGCACCUUCAGAAUCUGUUGGAUCUUCAGACUUCAGCUUUGUCAAAAGAAAAGUCUUUGCCUCCCAAAGGACUUUGUGGCUCAUCAACUCCUUCAGAGAGGAAAGAGUGCAAUAGUGAUGGGGAAUCCAAGACCUCAUCAACCUCUUCACCUUACAGUGAGUCAGAUGACAUGACCUAAAGUAAAAUCAGCCUGCUAGAUUAAAUGUUGAAUGUUCAUUGGUACUCUCAGGAAAUGGGCUUCACUGACUAAAAAAUCAGCAUUCAAUCAGUAUUCCUUUCUGGACCUAAAAGCACUCUGUAUUCAACUGGCAUUGAGUUCAGAGUAUAAAACAGCUAUUGUUCCUUUGACAAACCCUAAAACAUUGCAUCCAACAGACUCUGGACCCCACAGUACUGUUUUGGAAUUAUCAGUUUUGAAACAUAAAGAAUGCCAAAUUGCCAAGAAAAGACAUGGGUGUCUAGAUAUGAGCUCCCCCAAAACUCAAAGACAUUGAUGGUGUUCUGUAAUGUAAUACAAAAAACUGGAACUUUAUUACUGCUUGGUUGGGAGCCUUUAUCUAGAAUUAUUGCCAACAAGUAUACACUGUAUUAAAAAAGCUGACCUGUUCUCUUUACGGUGUUAUUUUUCAAAAUGUAUAUGUCAACGUUCAUUGAAGAAUAUGGAGUUCAUUUUCCCUGUAACAUAUUGGAUUAUUCUAAUUACACAGUAGGUUGUAUACAUCUUAAUAUAUCCAGCAAGUUUCACAGACAUGAAAGAAAUCGACCUUUAUAUUUAAAAACAGAUGGUGGAGAUCAUCGAUAAUAGCUGAAGCAAGAAUAGCAUUCUACAGAACCAUCUAAUGGUUGUUUUUCACUCUCAGAAAGCAUAGACAAACAUCAAAACUGUGAAGCCAUAGCAGGAAGAAAUUUGGAGAAUUCAGUUACAAUAAUGCAUAUUUCAGAGGCAUUGAUUUUGUUAAACACGGUCUGAGAUGGUGGUGGUGGUGGGGGGGUUGUUAAGAUAAACAUAAAAAUGUCAAAGAGUUGAGUGCAAAUGCCAAGCAGAUAAUAUCACAUUUUCAAGAGGGUAAGCAAGGAAAAAGAAAGAAAAGAAGCAGUUGUUUUCCUAUUAUCUCUUACAAUGCUUAAAUUCAAUCCAUCAGUCUAAUUACCACACAUCUAAUAGCCAUUUCUUCAAAGCUGCAAAAUACAUGAACAAUCACUUAGAAGACAUUAAACCAGGUAAGGCAUUGCUUAUGGUGGAACUUGCAGCGUCACACAUCAAUUAAUUCAUACUGCAAAAAAGCUAUUCUAAGUGUUUUAAUGUAUAAAGUAAACAAUUUUAAUUGAAGGGAAUGAAUAUGUAAUCGUUAAUGGCAUUUAAAAUAAAUAAUGUUUACAUUGUUUGCUUGAAAUAAUUAAAAAUCAGAGGGGAUCACAUAACAGAGAAAAGGUUUACUUCAUUGCAAAACCGUUAUAGUCUGGGCUUACCACACUGCAUUCAGAUUCAGCUGAAAUGAUCACUGGCCAAGCUCCUUUAAUUGCCAAGGUAAAUAUCAUAUUCUAGAGGAAGUGAAAAAAAUGAAAUAAAAUAACAGGAAAGUGGAUUUACUGUGCUCUUUGUCUUUGCAAAUCAAUAGAUUCAGCAUGUAACCAAUCAUCUGUAAAUUACAAAUAAUGUUUACAAUUUCCAGAAUUUUACUGAGCAUGAUUAACUUUCUUAUAAAUGGAUCGUUAUUAAUGCACAUGAACACUGAGCGAUGGCCAGGGUUCUUAUCUCCAGCAACCAGCAUUUCAGUGGGUGGGUACUUUCUGAGUAAAAUUGGCUCUUCAUCUCCUUGCGUGGGUUACUCAUGGGUAUUACGAAUUUCUCUGAUGAUCCUACCUCGAGGGAUAGUUCUAUUUUUUUUUCUCAUUUAUUAACAAUAACACACAGUUCAAUCAAAAUUACAAUCAUACAGAGAAUAUACUAACAAAAAAAUCUCCAAAACUGAAAACACAAAUUCUUUCCAUGACCCAACUCAGAGAGCUACAGUAUAUGACAAGAGAACCCUGUUCUCCCAGCUCCUUAUCUACUCUAUGAAUUCUUACCUGAUUCUAAAAACAUUUGUUGCUGUUCCUCAAAGAGGUGAUUCAAUUUUCUCCAGUUUAAAAUAAUAUAUCAGCCACCACUGAGGCUUAGUACACAGUUACACUGAUACAUUUGAAAACACUAGUUCGAUUUUAAUAGUUUUCUGUUCACACUAGCAUUUUAAGAUCAUUUUCCAAAAGUUUAUCAUCCACACUGAAACACCAAAAACGUGUAUAUCUUUUAAAUUGGACAUGCACAGUUAGUCAGGCAAGAGCGUUGUUUGUUUACAGAGCAAACCCAAAGUAAAGUGAAAUGAUGAAAUAACAAUAAAAAAACAAAAAAUCUGACUUCUUUGUGAGGACAGGUAUUAAAGUACAACUGCUUUUCUGGAUUAUAAAAAAGAACAAGGUUACCAAUCCCUUGGAAAAUAUAGACGGAGAGUCAUAGCAAAAAUAACACAGCAAGCAUGCAGCAUAUUGGUGUCUCAAGGCACAUUAUCUAUCAAAUGAUGCAGAGCACUUAUGAAUGGACUGUCCCCACAGUAAAUAUGCAAUCACAGGUGACCAAUCUGAAUUCAGUAUCUAAUCACAUGACAAUCAUAGAUUAAUGCUUUCAAAAAGCUUUGUUUUCUCAUAUACAUGUUAUGUUGAUCCCAGGGCUAUGUGUAAAUUCCUUUUUUUAUGUUCUUUUUGUUUUUGGUGCUUUGCUUAUUAUCAUGUAUGUUGUUGUUUUUGAUGUUUAUUAUUUGUUUACUUGCAAUUAUAUAUUUUUUAUCAGUUUUGUUUAUUGUUUGAUUUCUGUGUGUGAAUGCUUGUUCUGCCAUGUCCCUUGUAUUUAGUGGGUGGCCCUCCAAAAGGUAUGGCUACCCGUCAGGCUCCCUGCCCUAUAAAGGGUUGUGGAAAUUGCAGUCCCUUGCAAUAACAUUGUAUGUGCUUGGUGUUGGUGAGUUCCCUGCUUGUUUAUCGUCAUUUCCUUUGGAUUUUCUGGAUCUUGCACAUUUUUUGGCUCUGUUUUAGGUUUUUGACUUUUGAUUAACAUAUUGGUAUUUAAUGUUACAGUGGAGUGUCUUUUUAGGCAAUCCAUUUUUGCUUUU